GUGGUAGGACUCAAAAAUCAUGGUGAUGUCUCUUCCAGCACCCAGUAAGAGCUGCCUAGCUCCUCCUGGAUGCUUCUCUAUGAACGCACUCACAUCAUACACCUUCCCCCGGACGGCCACGUGCGCGUUGUGUCGCUGGUUCAGCUGGCUCAGUUCCUGCCAGGUGAACCUCCGCGUGGUGCUGCGGCUCUCCCCACACAUUUCAACGUUUCAGCUCCCACUUGAAGUUCAGAGACCACCAUGCAGGAGAGACACCUGCUCGGCGCGUGAUCGAUGCCUGUAAAAGCU